GUGGGUAGUGACAGACUCGACCAAGGAAUCGGUGGCAGCUUCCAGCUCCCAGACCUCCACUGCUUGUUUCGGCGUGUGCUCGCUCUCUCGCUCUCUCGCUCGACCGCCCGGUGGCUUUUUAACUCGCCCUUCGUGCCCAGCGACUUCGGGAAUGUUCCUGUACUUUUGCCCGCCCUCCCUUGUUGGAAUAUCCGAGUGUGCGUUGACGCGGUGGAGGGUUUGAUUUGAGCCGCUGCUUUGCGAGGAUGCGUAAACCUUGACCGGGGGAAAAUCAGCGGCUGCUUUUAACAAGAAGACAGAGACGGGCCAGGACAGCAACAUCAACAAAAGAAAGUUUCCUUUUGAAAAAGAAAGCACAGUCGUUUUACAAUAUCUGUCGUCUGCCGAAGAAAUAUUAUCAGCAACUGGAGGACGGAAUUAGCUCAGUGGCUAGGAAGUAGCUCGCGAGAGAGAACACCGCUGGGGAUAAAAAAAAAAGAACUUAAACACAGAAAAGGAAGAGAGGAAGAGAGGAAGAGGGAGACAGCUGCAUUUACAAGGCAUUUGACAUUUUGACGUCUUUGCUUUGAAACUAACAAGGAGAGGGACGAUCAGACUGAACUUUCGACACACACCGUGGGAUUUGUGAGGGAUUCGGCUGCAUAAGUGGGAGAAUGCAGCCCCGCUGAUUUAUGCUUGAACUGAGAGGGAAAGGAGUUCAAAGAAGUCGCUAGGUUUCAGCAGCUGAAUGUCUAUCAAGCGCCUUUCACUUAAUCAGAUGCAACAAGAGGUGAAGCUGCAACAGAGCAGAUUGAACUGAGCGAAGGAAGAAGUAGAAGCGAUCGACGGACGAAUGCAGUUGCACACCAUGGGUUCUGAAGGCAGCCUGCUGCUGCUGGCCGUGAUACCAGUGCUGCUGAUGCCAAGCGUCCUCGCCAGCUGUCCCUCGAUGUGUCGAUGUGACAAUGGGUUUGUCUACUGCAACGACCGGGGCUUGAUGUCCAUUCCCCCCAAGAUCCCCGAGGACUCCACGACGCUCUUCCUCCAGAACAACAGGAUCAAUAACAUCGGGAUUCCCGUGCAGCUGAAACACCUCCUGAGCAUAGAGGUGAUCUACCUGUAUCAAAACACGUUGGAUGAGUUCCCCGUCAACCUGCCCAAAUCUCUGAGAGAACUUCACCUCCAGGACAACAACAUCAGGGCUGUCACCAGAGAUGCGCUCUCGAGGAUUCCGCUGUUGGAGAAGUUGCAUCUGGACGAUAACUCUGUUUCCACGGUUAGCAUUGAGGAAGACGCUUUUGCCGACAGUAAACACCUCCGAUUGCUCUUUCUCUCCAGGAACCAUCUCAGUAGCAUCCCCAGCAAGCUCCCCACGACCCUGGAGGAGUUGCGGCUGGAUGACAACCGCAUUGCCACCAUUCCCCAGUACGCCUUCAAGGGCUUGGUGAACCUGCGGCGCUUAAUCCUGGAUGGCAACCUGUUAGCCAACCAAAGGAUAGCCGACGAGACCUUUAGCCGACUGCAGAACCUGAGCGAGCUCUCGCUGGUCAGGAACUCUUUGGUCUUCCCACCGCCGAAUCUGCCCGGUUCGAACCUGCAGAAGCUCCACCUGCAAGACAACCUCAUCAGCUACAUCCGGCCAAAUGCCUUUGCAAAAAUGCGACAACUCCAACGUUUGGACAUGUCCAACAAUAACCUCACGUCUUUGCCCAAAGGAGUCUUUGAUGACCUGGAGAGCUUAAGUCAGCUCUUCUUACGGAAUAACCCCUGGCACUGUGGCUGCAGAAUGAUGUGGCUUAGGGACUGGAUGAGAACGACUGCGUUUCAUGUCAACGUGCGAGGGCUGAUGUGCCAAGGGCCAGAUAAAGUCCGAGGAAUGGCCAUCAAAGACAUCAACGCAGAGAUGGACGAGUGUUUCAAAAUCACUUUGCAAGGCAGCGAUGCGUUGGUGAAAACGACCCCAAUCGUGCACACAUUGUCGGCCACUCAAGGACUGCAGUUCACGUACAGACCAAGGCAGCCGAACUUCAAGCCUCCAGGUUUGGGAGCAGACAAUCUGCUGCCGGGCGGGGGGUCAACCUCCAAGUCGUUGGUGAUCAAAGUGGUGCCCUUGACCGCUGACAGCAUCCGUAUCACAUGGAGAACCAAGCUACCAGUCACCUCCUACAGGCUCAGCUGGUUGAGGUUAGGCCACAGCCCCUCGGUGGGCUCCAUCACUGAAACGCUGGUACAGGGAGACAGGAAUGAGUACCUGCUCACAGCCCUUGAGCCCAAGUCAAGCUACAUCAUAUGUUUGGUCACGAUGGAGACCGCGAAUAUCUACACGCACGACGAGACUCCAGUCUGCACGAAAGCCGAGACGGGCGAUCUGUACAGUCCCACCACAACGUUAAACAGGGAGCAGGAGGAAUCGGACCAAGCUAGUCUUCCGCUGGCCGGUAUAAUAGGGGGCGCAGCAGCCUUGGUCUUCCUCAUCGUCGCCCUCGCCGCCUUCUGCUGCUACGUCAACAACAACAGGAGCGUGUUUUCCCAGGACCAGGCGUACAGCAGAGGUUGCAGGAAGAAGGACGAUUACGCGGAAGCAGGGACAAAGAAAGAUAACUCCAUUUUAGAGAUCCGAGGGGGUGGCUUUCAGAUGAUUCCCCUCAACAAUCAGCAACAGCGGCCAAAGGAGGACUACAUAAUACACACCAUAUUCCCAUCGAACGGGACCCAUCUUUACAAGAGCCCCCACAGUACGGCACUCAGUACUAACCGCGGUUACAGAGACGGUGGGAUACCAGACGCGGAAUAUUCUUACACGUGAUGGGAGAGAUUCCCAAUCCCGCCCCCCAAUAUCCACUGCACUGCAAACCAAACUACAGAACAAAAAAAAAUGUUUAGGGAUUAAAAAAACACACACAAAGUACCAGCAGACGACGAUGCUGGGAACCAUAUUUUGUACAUUUGUCACAUAAUUUAUAUUUAAUACACUUAAGUGAAUAUUAAGGGGGAAAAAAAAACGCUGGACAAUUAGAAAGAAAAAACACAGCUACCUAAUUGUGAACGAGCCACAUUUUUUUUCCUGCAUUUUAGAUAGAAUUGGGACAGAGUAAUGAGGCAAUAUAACGACCCCAAACUCCUUUAGAGUCUGACAUAAAAGCAUCCUUCAUACUUUAUUGUAACACGUCUCAUGCUUGAGAAAGACUGAAGGAAUAUCAAAGGGUCACCUGAAGCAAACCAAUUGGCUGCCGCG